AUUUACUUCUGGAUUGAUCGAUGGAUGGGGAUGUUUUAGGAGUCCAGCUUUCAUCGCUUCCAAUUUGAAGUUCAUAUUAUCAAGAAGAAUUAUAUUUUUGGUUACAUUUUAAUGUAUUGCUGAUGUUUCUAGUGUUUUCGAGCCAAAUGAGUAAAUAGACAAGCAAUCUAGAGUAUUUUGUUGAGGUGGAGAUUGAUAUUGUUCAAAUAGUUGAAUGGCAGUGGAUACCAUGCAUCUGAAAGUUUUUAUAUUUCUUGUGCUACAGCCCCUUUUAGUUGUUUGCCAGUUGUGUCCAUCUGGCUGGUCCCUCAAUGAGGAACGCUGUUACAAAGUCUACACUGAUAGAAAGACUUACUAUGAAGCACAACAAUUCUGCAAACAAAACGAUGGUGACCUGGCAAUGGUUAAGACAAAUUCAGUCAAUGAUCUCUUGACAAAGCUACUCCAAGAUGCAGGUGAAAAUGUAGGUUACCUUGGUCUUCAUGAUUUAGCUAAUGAGGAUUCAUUCUAUUGGGUAGAUGGUACACCACUCACUAGUAGCCAAUCUCAUUGGGGUACUGGUGAGCCCAGCGAUGAUUCAGGGAAUGAUGAUUGUGUUCAACUCAAACAUUUCACAGAUGGCGAUAGUGAUGAUUGGUAUUGGAUUGACAUUUCAUGUACUUUAAGUGCGCCUUACAUCUGUGAGAGAAGCAAUGAGCUUCCUCUAGCUUGCGAUGAAAGUACGAAGUGGUAUGGUACAGCUGGACAGUGCUACAAGUACUAUAGCUUUAAAAGAUCAUGGGUGAAUGCUGACAACUACUGUCGUUCCGUAGGGGGAACUCUUAUUUCAGUAAAUUCUGAAGAAGAGCAAACCUUGGUUGCUAAUCAAGUCAGUGUGUCACUGAAAAAUGUUUGGCUUGGCUUGAGUGAUACGGUUGGUGGAGCUGCUGGUAACUACAAGUGGUCAACUGGAGAAUCUCUUUCAUAUUCUAAUUGGGGGACAGGUCAACCAGACAAUCGUUUCUUCACAUCUGGAGGGGACUGUGCAGAAAUAUUGGAAUCGGAUCCAGAUGGAAAAUGGAGCACUGAUGUAUGUACCACAGCCAAAAAUUUCAUGUGUGAGAGACCAGAAGGUUAUUGUCCGGCGGGAUGGCAUCUCUAUCGCGGCCACUGCUACCAAUUCAACAUACAACAUCCAACAAAAUGGAAGACAGCCAAGUUUACUUGUGAGGCACAGGGUGCCUAUCUCUUAACCAGCUUAAAUUCAGCAGAGAAUACCUAUAUCGUGAAUCAAAUGAAGGAUUAUCAUGAUAUUGGAGUAGAAAGUUCAUGGCUAGGUCUGUCAGAUACUGAAACUGAUGGUUCAUUUGUAUGGGUUGAGGGUAGUUCUCUUAGCUACACAAACUGGGAUAUUGGACAGCCAGUCAACACAGCCAAUAAUGAAGAUUGUAUAUAUAUUACCACAGGUGAUGGAACUGGCAAAUGGAGUUCUAAGAAUUGUGUAUUAGAAAAUCCCUACAUUUGCAAAAUCAAAGCUAGUAUACCAAUUACUCCAUUGGAUCCUGAAAUAGGUGUGCGUACUUGUGAUGAUGGUUGGACACUGAACGGUGUUUCAUGUUUUUACUUUGUUCGCAAGGGAUACCUAUAUAACGAUGCAGAAGAAAAUUGCAAAACCUUAGGAGGCCACCUUGCCAGCAUUCACUCUCAACGAGAGCAAAAUUUUCUUUCAAUGCGAGCGAGGAUGGGUGGAGCUUACCUCUGGAUUGGUUUCCAUGACUACAACACUGAAAAUGUAUUUUCUUGGACAGAUGGAACACCGAAUGAUUUUCAAAAUUGGGCCAAUGGUCAACCUGAUAAUUGGAAGUCAGGAGAAGAUGCUGUUCACAUGAGAACCAAUGAGGUUGAUGCUGGAAAGUGGAAUGACAUCGAUGGAGAUACACAGAAACUUGCAUCUGUUUGCAAGAAGCCAAGUAGUGAUGGAUCUUCUGUCAAUCCUCCUGUUGUACCAACUCCUGCCUUUGACCCUCGUUGUGGCAAUGGAUGGGAUUAUGAUGAGACUAGUGAAAACUGUUAUCUGUUCAAGUAUAGCGAGUACAAAAGCUGGUUAGAUGCUAGAGAAUAUUGCCAGACACAAGGUGGAGACUUGGCAAGUAUAACAAGCCCAGCUGAACAAAGUUACAUAAAUGGCAGGCUUUUCUUUACCACUGAGAAUGACAUGUGGAUUGGAGGAACAGAUUUCACCAAAGAAGGAGGAUGGGAAUGGACUGAUGGAUCAGGGUUUGCCUAUCUUAACUGGGCCCCCGAUGAACCCAACAACGUAGGAAGCAGCGGUGAACAUUGCAUGGAAAUCUUCACCAAGACAGAUACUUGGAAUGAUAACCAAUGUGAGAUACAGAGGGGAUUCAUCUGCAAGAAAAAUGGCUAUUUAACAACGCACUUCUAUGUGACAUUUCACAACUACUUGAAUGGUCCCGGUCAAUUGGUUUUAUCUGGAGUUUACCCCGAUGAGUGUGCGUCCCGGUGUGUUAAGAUGACUGAUUUCACUUGUAAGUCAUUCAAUUACAACCGAGUAUCCCAUGAAUGUACAUUCAAUGAUGGCUCAACCUCAACACCCAUGUCUGAUGGCAACAUGGACUACUAUCAAAGAUUGAUGGAUGUGAGAGAUCCAGCUGUUACAACCCUUGGUCCUGGUUUCCGAUGUCCGGAAGGAUGGUCAGGGUAUGGUGAUGACUGUUACUUCAUGUACAUCCAAUCAAAACUAACCUACUCUGAGAUUCGCCAGAAGUGUCAGGAUUUAGGUGGAGACCUAGCAUCAAUUCAUGACAUCAAUGAGAACAGCUUCAUCCAAGCUCUGGCACGUGAAAACGGAAUGGAUGUAGAGUUUUGGAUUGGACUUCAUGACCAGAAUCAGGCUAUGAACUUUCAGUGGGUAGAUAACACUCAAGUCGACUUCACGCUGUGGAAUACAAAUGAGCCUAAUGAUUACCAAGGAACUGCUGAAGACUGCGUUGAAAUGUAUCUAACUGGUUAUUGGAAUGACAAUCUUUGUACAAGGAAGUGGCAUGGAGCAUGCAAAAGACCCAAAGAGAACCUUGGUCCUACUCUUACACCUGUUGUUCCUUCAGGGUGCAAUUUGGGAGAGAUAGCAAAUGGAGGUUCAUGUUACAUUGUGAUGGACAGCACUAAAAGCUGGCAGGAUGCUCGAGAUGACUGUGCUAGGUUUGAUCCUCGUGGGAACCUCGUCUCUAUCAUGGAUAGAUAUGAGCAGAGUGUUCUGACUAGUAUACUAGGAGGUCAAGAUGGCAGUCUAUUCUGGAUUGGACUCAGUGAUUUGGAGAAACCAGGCCAGUAUCGAUGGAGUGACAAUACUUUUGUUACCCUCACAAAUUGGGACUAUGAGCAACCAGAUGACUCAAAGGGCAACUGUGUAGCAUCAACGACUGGCAUUAUGGCUGGAUUGUGGCGUAACAUUGAUUGCGCAUCAACAAAUAAAUAUAUAUGUGAGCGAGGUCGUGAGGGCUACCCUGCACCCCAAACCAUAGGACCAACAACUAUCCCUACUGCACCUAGUAAUGCAGGUUGCUAUGAUGAUAGGUGGAAAGGCUAUGGUAAUAAUUGCUUUAUGCUUGUGAUAUCUGAUGUGAGUGGAUCCACUCGUCGAAACUGGAAUGACGCUCGUACAUUCUGCUUGGCCAUGGGAGCUGAUUUGGCCAGUUUCCACAGUCAGGCUGAAGAGGAUUAUAUCCUGUCUGGAUACCCCAACAAUCCCGCACGAUUUUAUGUUGGACUUCAUGACAUAACAGAAGAAGGAGGAUUUGAGUGGUCUGAUGGUACACCAGUAGAACAUACUAACUGGAACCCAGGGGAACCUAAUAAUUGGGGUUCAGGAGAAGAUUGUACUGAAGUCUUUUUGGAUGACAGGAACUGGAAUGAUAUCUUCUGCACUAACCUUAAUGAUUGGAUCUGCAAGAUACAAAAAGGAGUAGUGCCAACUUAUACAACAAUGGCUCCUCCAACUAUCACACCAUAUCCCCCUUGUCCAAGCAGCCAAGACUGGAUCCUGUUUCCCCCAAACAACUACUGUUACUUCUUCAGUCAGGGAUUAAGCUUAGAUGCUGGCAAGAAGAGUUGGAUGAAUGCUAAUGAGUACUGCAUGCAGAGUGGUGGAUACCUGGUCUCUAUACACAAUCAAGAGGAAAAUGACUUCCUAAACUCAUAUAUGUUACGAUUUGGGACAGUGGGAGGAUUUGAUCAUCCAUGGAUAGGCCUAAGAGAGUACACAACAGAAGGAGUAUUCACUUGGAGUGAUAGGACAGCAGUUGACUAUACUAGUUGGGCUGAUGGUGAACCUAAUGAUUACAAUGGAGAAGAGCAGUGUGCUGAAUUUUAUUACCCAGCUGGGUCAUGGAAUGAUGCUAAUUGUGCCAAAGAGACUGUCUUUGUCUGUCGCAAGCCGUUUGGAAACAUUGGUCCUGUCACCUACCCACCAACGAACCCUCCUAUUGGUAAUUGCCAACCUGGAUGGAUUAGAUUUGACAACAGGUGCUAUAAGAUAUAUGGUGUUGAUGAUCCUAAUCAACGUAUGAGCUGGUUUGAAGCAAGGGAUACCUGUAAGGCCAUUACCAACACUAACCUGGUUACCAUUCACAACCAUGAAUUACAGGCAUUCCUGACAUCCAAGUUGAUUGGGACUAAUACUGCGAUGUGGCUAGGACUAAGUGAUUCUAUUAUUAGUGGACGAUUUUUCUGGACUGAUGGUUCAUCUGUAGACUACACCUACUGGAACUCUGGAGAACCAAAUAAUUAUGGCUCUGGUGAGGAUUGUACAGAGAUGAUAGCAAUUGAAACUUCGGCUGGUAAAUGGAAUGACCUCACCUGUGAUGCAAAGUUAGGCUUCAUAUGUCAGGGAGUAUUAGAUCCUAACGGGCAAGCGCCAACUGAUGAACCCAACAAUUGUCGGGAUGGUUUCACACAGUAUGAUACAGCCUGUUACCAGGUUCUUGAUCGUCCCUAUGUAUUUUCUGAGGCUCAGGGGGCAUGUAAGGCCCUAGGUAGUGAUGUAUCUCUGAGUAGUGUGAAUAGCUGGUAUGAGGAGGCAUUUGUUGAGACCAUGUCCCAUACUUCUGGUGGUGAUCCCCUGUGGAUCGGUUUCUAUGCGGUAAGUGGAGAGUAUAAAUGGAUGGAUUCUUGGCCUGUUUGGUUUACUGCUUGGGGUCCAAGUGAACCUAGUGCUGCUCCAGGAGAAGGAUGUGUAACGUUAUUACCUGCAGGAGGCUGGGAUGAUACUAACUGUCAAGGACUCUUCAAACCUCUAUGCAAAUACAGUCUUAUCACUACACCAACAGAACACCCUGAAAUGCCUGGCUACUGCCCUGAUGAUUGGACUGCUUACCACGAUGGUUGUUAUAAAGUAUUUGCUCAAGACAAUGACCGUAUGUCUUGGCCUGAAGCUCAGUUUAAGUGUGACCAAAUAAAUGGGUCAUUGGCAAGCAUCCAUACCAGACAGGAGAUGGAGAUUAUCAGAGACUUGAUGACUGGUGGAAGGGUAGACAUCUGGUCUGGUCUUAGAAGGGGAGAUUCAGGUGGAUUUGAAUGGGAAGAUGCCACCCCUGUGGAUUACACCAAUUGGAAUAAUGGAGAACCAUCAUUUGCUACCCAACCUGGCUAUGAGGACUGUGUAGAGAUGUAUCUUAGUACUGGUAAAUGGAAUGAUGUGGAUUGUCUAAAUGAGCAGGGAUAUGUGUGUGAACAGCCUAAGAUUGGAGGAGAGCAACUAAUACCUGACAUUCAAGGUCUACCAAUUGGAGCUAUCGUUGGUAUCAUCAUCGCAGCAAUCAUCAUCGUCUGUGGUAUCGCUCUGAUCGUAUUCUUCAUACGGUCCAAGCAAGGCUCUCUAUCAAUGAAGAUGAACGGUACCAGCGAUGUCCCAGGCAGCGUUGGUUUUGAUAAUGCCCUCUAUAAGGCGGAUGGUGAUAACACUAUUCAAAUCAAGGAACCUAAUCAAGACUCUAAGGCUUAGAUACCAUCAUCCCAUGCCAUACUCUAAAUUGGUCAAAUUCAUGUGCUAAUAAGAAAGAAAAUCAUUUCAUUUGUCUCUGGUAAACUCUUGGACCUCACUCCAUGGUAAACCAAAAGACAGAUUUGAUGGAGUACUUUAAGUGAGACCUUAAUAUUCCAUACGACUAUCGAGUAUUGUUAUAGCCUAAUAUCAGUCAAUAUGAAAGAUUAGCUCUCUGUGAUCUUCUUUUCCUUAUUUUGUUUGCAUUAUAUUAGAUCUGUAUUUCUUUCUUUUUAAACAUCUACUCUCUGCAUAUUAAAAACUGUCUUUGUUCAAUAUCAAACAGAUGGUAAUGAAUCAUAAGCCAUUUACCAUUGAUUGAUAUGCUUUAAAAAUUUGUUGAUCUACAUGUAGAUGGGAGCAUUAUGUAUGAAAGCAAACAAGACAAUUUAUGUAUAAUAUAUUCAAAUGUUUUGAGAAUAUUAAGUGGUGAAUGAAAAGGACAAAUUACUUGUUUCAUGUACUAUUAAAUGUAGAUUGAUAAAAAUAUCAAUCAUAUUGGGUUGGAGCUUAUGUAAUUCGCGUGAAGUCUGUUUUCACUAUAGUUUGUAUGUGCUGUUUUGAAAAUACUAUAUAUCUUUUAAAAAAGUGAUAAUGUAUGUAUGUAUCAUAAUAGUUGAUAAAUUUGGUAAUCCAAUUUAUAUUUUGUACUUUUUUUCAUUGCUAAAAUUUGCUUCAAAGAUUACAGAUUUCUUUAUACAUUUCAUUGACUGCCAUAUGUAUUGAUUAAGAUUGAAAUGUAUUUGUUGUGCUUAAACGUGCCAAGUAUAAUAUGAAAAGUGUUUGGUAUAUUUUAGAAAAAAAAUGAUUUUCUGGAAGUCACCUUUAAUACAAAUAUUUAAAAAAUAUGAUAUCUUUCUAUUUUGUCUGUUUUCUCUUAUGUGUGUCUAUAAUCUGACUUUGUUUAACCUUCAGCAAUCCUAUAAAGGAUGCUAAUUUUCAGGAUGUAGAAUGUUUGUUACGACAAAGCUUAGCAACACUUUGUUAUCAAACACGAGAUAUAUCACUUACAAAAUAUAAACAGCAUUAUAUGCUUCGAUCUC